GCGCAGCACAACUUAGAUACUUUGGGGUUGUGUUGAUCUGUCGUAUAAAGACCCAGUCAUUUUGUACUGGUGACUACGGCCAUGUCGCAAACGAAGACCAACCAAAUUGAACACAGUCCUUUUCUCUGCACCAUUCAAUGGAUGGCCAAGAUCUGGGCUGCGUCCGUCACUAGCUACCCUUGCCGCUGCAACUGCAUGCAAGCAAAGCCACUUGGGCUGCCGCGUCCCUUCAGUCCAGUCCCUUCAACCAAAAUGUCUGCCCGUGGGAUGCCAUGGGUCCUGGGCGGAUCCCGUGGUUGCCCUGGGUUGCGCCUCACGCUAAAAGGACAGGACGACCAAAUGCAGCCAAUUCAUUCACCCAAAUCCCCUCAGCCCUGGGCGGCUAGCCAAGAAGACUGUGCCUAGCGCUGCGGCAAUUGGGACAGCCCCGGAAGCUCAGCUCCUGCAACCGAGACUUUCCUGCAUCCAAGAUGGUUUUUUCGGCGAAAGUAAAUACUCCGUAACGGCAUGGUGGGGGUUCCUGGUAACUGAAGAGAAACAAACGCAACACACUUUGUCCUGGAACAACAAAAAAAAGCCUAACAUAAGAUGCUUUCAACCAAAAUCUACGGUAGGAUACUCACUUAAAUCAGCCAUCUCAUCUUUCGGUAGCAACCGCAUCGAAUUACCUUGUCAUUUACCUAUAUUUAUCAUCAGGCGCCUGUCAGCUUCUUACCUCACUACGGGGUAUGGUUCCCAGUCGGUGCUGCACCAGCGAUCCAUGCAAUCAAUAGGAAUGGAUG